CCUUCUGAAAUGAGCAUGGAAGAUAUUUCCGAGGUACCUCAUGAUACUGAUGCUGGGUGUAUUCCGCGGCUGUCCCGUCCCCUCGGGCCCCUGGAAACCAUGUACCAUCUCUACCACCAACGGGGAAUGGACCUUAUAGUGCAACUCAUGUCCCUCAAAACAAGCGCGCCUGUGACUCAACUCAUUGUCAGACAAGCGCUUGUAUUCCUGAUGAAGAAACACCCUAUACUGCGAAUGUGCAUCAAGCGAACUGGUAACAGAGAUCAUGUCGGGUAUAUUUUUCAAGAAAUGUAUAAAUAUGCCAUGGACUUACGAGUAACUAGUAAUACAAACCAUGAAGACAUUCUUGCAGACGCUUUGCGCUUAUCAUUUGAUUACGAGAGUGGGCCUCUUUGGAGAAUAAUUUAUGUUGAACAGGACGUUAAAGAGCGCAUGAACUUGCAAAACUCCCGACUUUCCCAUAGUUUAGUGUUCGCAUUUAGUUGUCAUCAUGCUAUCGCAGACGGUAUGUACCUAAAAAGGAUAUAUACCGACUUUAUUGAAAUUAUUCACUUUAUUCAAAAUGGAUACUUCUGUGCAUUAUCAUCCAUGAAGAAGUCAUUGUUUUUGCCACCAAUCGAAAAUAUUUUACCUGUAAUAUUCCCCGAUGGCAGACAAGAACGGCGUCACAGAUUAAGGAGAAAUAGUGGUCUAUUUAUGACAACUGGUACCGAUACAAAUAUGACGACAACGCGUGGAAAGGCUAUCGAAGCCUUGGAAGCUUAUAACAGCAGCUAUCUUUCUGAAAUCGCUAAUCUCAACACUAUGCAUAGACAAUCCACGGGGACAAUCAGAUUCAAAUUUACAGAGGGACAUUCCAGAACAUUUUUACUCAACAACAAGGAGAACCACGUGACUGUGACGUCAUCCUGCGUCACUGCAGCUUGUAUGUCCCUUGCCCGGUUGCUGGAGCCAACUAUUCCGUCUGACGUCGACCGCCUGAUAGUUCCUGUGGAAAUCAUGGUCAACCUAAGGCGCUACGUCACAGAUCAAACACUGUUUGAAGACUACCCCGGAUGUGCCGCCAUUCAUAUCCCUUUAACCAUUUCCGUUCCGUUACGACAAACGCACAAUAAUAGAUCCUCGACUACGAGUUUCUGGAAUCUUUCCCGGGAAUGUUCAGACAAAAUCUCCGAUAUUGUGUCAUCAGGAAAACCUAUUGAAAUAAUGAAGGAGGAAGCUGAGAAUGAAUUGAACCAGCAGCCAGUUAAAGGGAAAUCCCCUUUUGUGAUAUGCCUUACGAACUUGUCGAGGGUUGAUGACAUGGUCAAACCUGAACUGAAGGAGAAUUUCAGACUGGCGGCGUUCCCGAGUCUAACAAGGAUCGCUGUGGAUGAUAUGCCGAUUUUCUUCAUCAAUGUAUUCACUCUGAGUAAGGAAUUAAACGUAAACGUUGGUUACUGUGCUAGCUAUACCUCCGGACAGACGGCAGCACGGUACGCCUGGUUCUAUAGCAACGCAAUACGCCAACAUAGCAGACUGUGAUUAAAGAC